AUGUCUAUUGAUAACUUAAUUUUGUUUGAUUGUGUCCACAUUGAUUUGGCAGGCUUCAUGUUCAGUGAAAUUGACUUGAAUCGAUAUUUGAAAUCUUGGAUUAAUCGAUGCAAUCCCAGAAUGGACUUUCUAAAAGCAUACGGGUAUUUCAUCGAUUUAGAAGAAGCUCUACGCGAUAUCGAUAAACCAAACGUUUCACCACCCAAGAGAUUUUAUACGCAUGAUAAUCUAUGUCGACCGUUUGACGCGGAGGGAGGAAUCACAAUUCGUCGCAAUAAUAAAGAUUUGGGAACUAUCAAAUUAGAGUUCGCCGAAACUCCGUAUUCGAUACCACCAAUAAGUUAUUUCUUUACCUUUGUGGUGUGGACUUCAAAUUAG